CCCACCACUUCCAUCCCAAGGUCCCUCAAACCUCCUACUAACGACUCCUCCUGAGUGAGCAUCAUUGCGAUGCCUACAUCAACGCCUUCCUCCUCGUCUCGUGCAACACAGCCAUACCCCCCCGCUACAGUGGGCCUCUUCGCCCCGUCCACCUCUGACGAAGAACAUGAGCUGAUACAGAAGUGGCUAGGCGAACAGCAUACAUUCUUCCUCAGCCUUGCCCGGAUCCAUGAAGAAGCCAUCAAGGAAGCCAGGAGAGACACGGGUAGCAAGUGGAAGAGGGAAGAGGAUUUGAUGGACGAUGAUGGUGAAGAUGAUGGGCCCUCUUCUUUACAUCUUCCCUACUAUACACGGCUCUUCCAUCUUGUGAUACAGUCGAAUCGGGAUCUGCUCGAGCAGCUGGCCGAAACACCAUCGGCUUCGACAUCUCCUUACCUUCCUCACCUCUCCCGUGUGCUCCUGCCCAUUCUCACCCUCGCACAAACUCUCUAUCUCUCCCCCAAUGCUACGGAUCUUCAACACGCAGGCGAGGGCAUCAUCGGCGAAGAGCUGCUUCAUUGGCUCAACUCGUACGAUCUCGCUCCUACCACUGAGCAGGGAAGGGAGAUUGCAGCUAGCGAUGAGCCAUACCUUCAUGCGAACUAUUGGGAUUACAUCCUGCGGUGUACAUUGAGAGGCUUCCAUUCUACUGUGGGUACUCUGCUUGCCACACUGCUAUCUCUUCCGUCCAAGUCUCUCAAGACCCUCGUCGCUCGGAUGAGAGAGCUCAUCAAGGCCUUGCCGAGAAGCACAGAAUUCAAGACCGAGGUGCAGUUCAAGGCCGCACGGAGAGACUUUCAUCUCAAGCUGAUGGGCAUCUUGGCUAGCCUCGAGGCCGUCAUGGACGAAGUGCAAGACGAGCUGACGAGCUCCUUCGAGGAUAGAGAUGAUCCAGAAGAAGAGGCAGAAGACCUUCGCUUGUCGCUCGAGGCUGGUUUGCGGAUCUUCCUGGAAGUGCUAGCUGGCAAUAGGGAAAGGGUAGUGGAAGCUGCUGAGGACUGGAAGGAGGCAUUGACGGCCUGGGGUACUUUGGUCGAUGUCGGCUUGAAACGUGAUGGGCUGGCCGAUGCGUUGAGCAAGAUCAUGAACCUGCGAGGGGAGGCUUUGGAAGAAGGGACAGCUUUGCCAGACAAGGCAGAACAGAUCAUGGUCAAGAUGAUCAGGGGAGAUCUCGCUGGUGCGGCUGGUUCGACGACGGCUCUGGACCCCUACCUGGCUCAAGUCCUGCUUGACUUUUCAACAAAGCUGAGACUCCUUGACGAAGGUGCUGAGAGCGAGGAACAAGUGACGCCGCUUGAGAGGGCGAAUCUGGUUUACUCCAACACACUCCUUGCGACACACGGUCUCUGGAGGAUAGCAAUGGACUACUUGUCCGAAGCGGGUCCCAGUGGUACAGCUCGAAUGAGCCAGAUUCUGCUUGGUCUGCCUCUUCUUGAGAGCGCAGAUGAUAAGAAGAAGAGGUUGGCAAGGCAGCCGACUGAGGACGAGAAUGGGGAGGAGAUAAUCGUGGAAGAGGUAGACGAAUUCCAUCUCACGGAGUCCGUCCUCGAAGCUUGCUCUACCUUUGGGCUUGAACGCGAAGCCAGGGCAGUCUGCCGAAAGCUCAGUCUCCAUCUCUCCUCUGGAGCGUCGCAAGACGAACAGGCUACCCCUCGAUUCGGCCCGGCUGUCAUCUACGCUCUUCGCAGUCCUCCUCGAGGUGACGUUGCUGUACUCAAGACCAUCAAGGGGAGGAUGCUUGAAGGUCUGCUAGACCGCAAGUCACGCGCGGCUUCAGCGACGAGCUCUACAGCAGAGGAAUGGUUCAUCGAAGAAGUCACGGAGAUCAAGCGCUGGCUCAUCAAGAGUGCCCGCAGAGACGCCCUGGGUGAUACUCAGACAGACGGUGUCCAGCAAGGUCCCUUCCUCAACCGUACCAAGCGCUCUCUUGCUUCUCGUGGAGAUGGUUUCGCGGAAGAGGACCAGUAUCUCCUAGACGACGAGGAGGAGUUCAACCAUCACUUCGCCCAGAGCCUCCCACCUGUCCUCCUCUUCCUCACCAACCUCGCCCGCUUCUUCAAGAUCAAGCAGGAGAGCGGCAAUGGUCCUUUGUCUAUCACCUUUCUCCUGGAGCUGCUUAAUGCGGGACUGGUAGACGGAGACUGGACCUCUGUGUGUCUGUACGAGAUCGGAGAGGCACUGCAGAGGAGCGGAUCGACGGCGACUGAGCCUGCCCUAUUGUACGACUCGCUACGACUUCUCGAGUCCAUCUCAUUCAGCGCAUCUCUCUCCGAGGAGGAAGAGGAGUUCUACCUUGGCAAACUCGGCAUAUGGACCGCCGGAGGUAGGCGCGGGAGAGGAGAAGCUGGGGGCGCGGCGAUGGUGGAGAUGAAGAAGGAAAGACUGGAUAGGGCUCGGAGAUGUUUGCAGACAUUUAGACUGAGAGUGGCAAUGGCUCUCGGCGUUGGUGGUCUGGGUAGCAGCAGCGGCAACAGCAGCAUCUUUGGGACAGACAGUACGACUGCUGUUGCUGCUACGAAGAGCGGUCUGACAGCAGCAGGCGGGGACGAGAUGAUGGAUGGCGAGAUUUAGGAUAUAGCAAUCAAUUAAGCUUCCUGAUACGAGGCAUUACAAAUAAUACUAAAAGUACAUCCGAAA